UUUGCAAUGUGAAAAAGCCAAAGCUCAACAAUGUCACAGUUGGCCUUUUAAAAGCAUAGACAUGUGAUAGUAUUGAAAUUAGUCUGAAGCCGUGUAUUGUUGAAUUGACAAAAAUUGGAAACAUGACAACUUUGUAAAGAAAUUGCGCAAUUUUCCUAUUGUGAUUUGAUAUUGAUACUUCGCGUUGAGCUUUCACCUGUGUAAGUUGGUGUUAAUUUAUAAAAAGAUCUAGUGACAUCCGUCAACGAAUAACAGAGAAUGUCAUGUCAAUCCGAUGUCACAAGCAUUCAUGGGGAUCAAAUCGCUGAAGUCUAUGAUGUGCCUAUGGUGGAUAUUAUUCGCCCUUUUCCUCCUGAUCUGAACCAUAGUAAAGUUGAUAGCAUCAUUGACACACUUAAGGAUCCCAGUAAAAAGGAAGAGGUUCCUCCAAUCGACAUUCUUUGGAUCAAAGGAAGCAAUGGAGGGAAUUAUUAUUACUCUUUUGGUGGCUGUCACAGAUAUGCAGCUCAUAAAAAGCUUGGAAUGAGUACAAUUCGGGCUAAGCUCAUUACUUCCAACAUAAAUGACCUCAAAGUUUACUUGGGUAGUUCUACGCCUGAUUUAAAAUAAAUGACGGGGUGCAAGUUAACGGUGUAUAGCAGAUAAUGUCGUUUUGAUAUUAAUUCCACAUUCCUUGAAAAAGUAAAUAAACAUCUGGAUCAAUUCA